CCUGAAGAUCCCUCUUAUAUUUAUUAGAUGCAUCGUCCUCCUGGUCAUCUGUGGCGGCGUCCUGAGAGAUGCACUGUUCUCCGUAUUAUUCUUCUCAUCGUCUUGUUUGGCGUCCGUGUCAUUGCUGCUGGCGCGUACAAUGCGUGUGUUGUCAGAGCCAUGUGCCUGAGGCAUCUUAUGCUAGGUCGACUGAAAGCCAUCUUUGUAUUCUCCUUUCCACGCGGUGAUGUGUGCGAAAGUUGCAAACCCUAGUGACCGAUGCAGUCAAUGACGGAUUAGCCGUUAUUUAUGAAGAGGCUGGCAUUG